CUGGACCUGCCCAUCUCCACUUAUAUAUAUUGGAGAGCUCUCAAGAGUGUAUUCAGAAAGAUACUGUACUCGAAUACAUACACACUCUGAGUGUAUAACAUACAGAAGUGCAGAGGAAAGCUGUCUUUUCCUUUCAGUACAGUAAGUCUGCUUAAUAUUCAUUUGUGGAAUUUGUUAUUUUCUUAACUAUUGCAGUAAAUAAUAUAGUAAAAAUAAUCUAGGUUAUAUAAAGCAAAUAUAGAAUGAUAUGGUGUAUUAUUAGUAUUAUUUAAAAUCUUUAUGUAUCUGUAUGAAUUUAUGAGUGCUUUUUUUUCUAUUCUGCAUGUUUUUAGUAUACUCCUGAUUUUUUUAUUUUGCAUAUUUUUUUUGUUCUGUUACAGAUAAUUGUCCUCUUAUACCUGGGCUGGAUUUAAGGCAUUGCUAGUCUUAUUUUCCAGCACCUAGUAUCAUCUUUGCACUUGUCUGACAAACAGUGCACGACAAUUUGUUGCAGUCUGAGGCAUUUUCUAAAAAGACAGGGUACCAUGAAAAUCCUCGUAGCUUUUGCUGUAAUUCUCCUGGUUUCCGCACAAGUGUUCGCCGCAGAAAUAGGACUAAAUGAAGACAUCGACUGGCCUUACAGUGACCAAAUCCAGGUAAGAUUUUUUUUUUUAAUAGUUUAAUUUUAAAUUAUGCAAAAAUGAUCUGCUUCAAAUAUAUAUAUAUAUAUAUAUAUAUAUAUAUAUAUUUUUUUAGAUGCAAAUAAUUUCAUAUUAAGCUGAUUUUUUUGUUAUUGUGACCUUAAACAGUCAAACCCUUUACUGAGAACCGAACGUGUGUUUGUAGUAAGGGCACAGCUGUUGCUGUCUUGUACAAAGCAAUGCCUGCUUUGUACUUUACCAAUAUGAAUAAUCACUAAACAGCAUAGUGUGGUUAUUUGAGAACCAGUUUGCAAAAUUAAAAACUUGAAAGCCAAGUUGAAAAAAAUAAUAAUUUAUUUACGUGAUCCGGAGAGUUUAAAAAAAAAUAAAAAAAUUAUAUUUUAGCCUUAGAAUUAUUCUUGUCUCUCUUUGCUGCAAAGUAAAAGAAACUCCUACAUUCAAACUUGAUCAUUUUUAAUUUUAAAGUAUAUAAGCAGGAUAUCAAAGCAAUCUGAUGCAUUGUAUUUGCAGGUGUUAUACUGAACAAAUAUGAAUAUUUCUUUGCAUAUGUGAUGUGUAAAAAUUUAGAUGCUAAUGCGUAAUAUAAAUGGUUAAACAUAUUAAUAUCUUUGAAAUUAAAACAGGUUGAUGAUACUGGAACAUUUCACGGAAGUUAAUGAAUUUGAUUAAAUCAAGUCAUUGAUUCAUGUUUUUAUAACAAUAAAUAAAUAUUCAAACAUUUCAACAUGCAUGUGAGCUAAACACUUUCUCUUAUAGCAAAAUGUAAUUCACCCUUCCACUUCCUUUACUGUAACCAUCAAUUAGUGCAUGUGAAGAAUGAUAUUACUUUAAUCAGUCAAACCAAAACCCCAAGCUAUAUUUCAUUCAUCCAUUACUGACAAACUUAAGUGCAUUAACUAUACUUAGAGAAUUGCAUGAAUAAGUGUGUGUUUGAUUGAUUUUGCAACUCCUUGUGGGGGUACAAUGGUGCAUAUGUAAUAGUCUAAGGGGCUUCUAGUCCACCGAAAAGAAAUCAGUUUUAAAUUAGCAUGACCAGAUGUUACCUCUAAGAGGAAGGGGACAGCUAUGCUAAAUAUAUAUUACAAAGCAGCAAGAAAAUCAAUGGCAAACGGUGCAAAGUAUUUCAUGUAUCCCCUGCACAAGGAAACCUGGUAAACAAUGUCUACAUUAUUCAAACAGAAUAUACAUUAAAGAGGAUACACUGUAAAGCCUUGUAAUAGUGUACCAGUCCCCCCUCUCUUUGCACCGACCAGCUUUUAGCAAACUAAGACAUCAAAAUAAUUUUAUUAACUUAAAACAAAAGCGCCUUUUAAAGUUUUAUGGUAUUUGAAUACCUCUAUUCUAUAGGAUAGCAUCACCAGGCUCAGUGGUACUCAUUGCAAAUGAGUUACAAGUUAUCCUAUUGCUAGUAUAUGUAACUGGAAUCUUGGGGUUGAACAGGUUCAACAGCUGGUAAACCAUCAACAUAAACUAUCCCACUGACAAAUCGUUUUUAAACAUGUUGUAUAGUUCUCUGUAUUGUACACUGCUAUGUACUGCAAUAGUACUGGAUUUUCAUAUAUGGUACUAUUCUAAUUUAUAACAUAUUCAUAUAACUUGUUAUUUAAUUAACCAUCCUAAUGCUCUUUGUGUAACUACAGAGCAAUAAUAUUAAUAUCAACAGAUGGUCCAUUUGUUGUUAUAUUAUAAGCCUAUAAUAUAAUAUAAAGCUCAGUUUAUGGAGAAAUCUAUAAAUUCACAAUGCCCUUCAAGGUGUAUUAAAAAAAUGUGUUAUUCAGAUAUGUUAUAUAUCAUUGUAUCCCCAAGAAAAGAGAAUUAGCUAUAGUUUUUGCACCACCAAGUUAGUAUGCAUUUUAUUAACUGGAGGUACUAUAAAUAUAUAAAUACACAGAUAACAUUAUAUAUAUGAUUGCAUUAAUAGUUAAAAAGAGGUCUUUUUUUUACAGAAGAAGGCAUUUUCUUGUAUUCUCCGGUGUUACACUGUACAUUUGUGGUUUUAAUGAGAUGCUUUUAAUUCAUAAAAGCUUUGUUGUUCCAAGUUUUCAUACUUCACUAUUUUCUUUUCUUGUUCCAUUAAACUCAUUUCCGUUGGCAGAAUAUACUCACAAACUGAGCAUUAACUGGUAUAUUUCCAUUAUAUUGCCGGACAUAUCACUCCGUAUGUGAGUUCAAGGUCUAAAAUUGACUAAACUGUUCUUGUCAUAUGAAUCAAUAUGUACCGUAAGUGAAUGUAUAUAAGACAAAACAAAUUUUGAAGUUGGUGGACUUUUUCUUCAACAUUAAUGAAUAAAGUAGUAGUAGAUAAAAACAGAUUUCCUUUUCUAACCUGAUCAUUGUAAGAACUCAGAUUGAUUUUGCUCAGCUGGGUUUCAGGAUAGUCUACAUUCCAUUGAAUUUGCUCACUGUACCAGUCUUCAGUUCCUAAGCACAUGGAUAAUCUACAGUAAGUGCCUGCAACAUUUUUUUUUUAAAGAUAAUUUAUUGAUUAUUUUUAAAUUUGGUACAGAAAAUUCAAAAACAAACAUAGACACAGCGGAGUACACAUAAAUUGUUCCAUUGCAUAUACAGUGAUACAACUCUCCAAGAAUUAUACUCCAAACAUAAAAAACAUCGGUAGAGGUGAAAGUGCAGAGAGCCAUAUGCCCCACACUCGCAACUCUACUCAGACAAAUAUACAAACAUAAAAGUUGACAAUACCUCCUUUAUUACACAAAUUAUAGUUUAUGCCCGUCUUAAAUCGUAAUAGAUUUCACUGUACUAGCCUUCAGUUCCUAAGCACAUGGAUAAUCUACAGUAAGUGCCUGCAACAUUUUACUUUACACAAUCAGUUCUUUACAUUAUAUCUCAGUCUUCGAUUCUUUGCUGCAAAUGAUGAACUCUGUUUCAGUAGUUCUCUUCAUAUUGCAAAUUCUUUCAUUGUCCCCCUUUCACUAUUCUCUUUUCCAACACACAUAUAUAUGUUCAACUAUGCAAACUAUGCAGUAGAUGAUUUAGUGAAAUUAGCAGCUGUUUUGAUAUUAUUAGUAUUUGAUAUUCAUAUAGUGGCAACAUUCUGUAGCGUUGUACAAGAGAGGGAACACAGACAAACAAUGAACACAUAGUAAUACAAAAAGAAUCAAGCUAACGGCCCGAGCUUUUACAAAGCUAGCAAUUACAGUGCUUUUAUACAAAGUGCCUAGCAAUAUAACCUAAAUGUUAUUUGGCACUCAGUACAAAAGUACAUUAAAAGUAAGCUUGAUUAUGUUUUAUGAAAGAUUGCUUAAGAAAAGAUAUCAUUACCAAAAUAGACUAAAUCAGCAUUGAAAAAUUAUCCAUUUUAUUUCCUUGUGUUUUCAAUACAAUAUAAAUUCAAAGCAAAGUGCAUGUAAGGUACGUUUAAGCUUUUUGCUAACAUCUCAAUCAUGUGCCAUUAAAAAGCUCAGUUCAAUUUGCAAUAUAUUCUGCACUGAAAUCCCGAGAGAAAAACUUCCUAAUGCUUUCUGCAUUUCAUGCAUUCUUAAUUAAAUUCCAGAUCCAUAAAACUUGACUUAUUUUUUCUAACACAUUGAAGGGCUGGCAAUUUUUUUUUUUAUAGAUUUAAUAAAUUAGAAAAAAAAUGCAAUAGUUAAUUCCUUUUACAAUUAGCAAGUUGCAUUAUACAAACCUUAAAGCCACUCAAAUUAUUAAAUAUUGUGCAGUUGGACUUCAUUUUAAACUUGGCUUUUAUUAACAUAAUUUGUGCACUAAUGGAUUUUAACUGAAGCUAUGCGAUUUUAUCACUGAACAAAUAUAUAGACCACCUUGGCAGUUAUUAAUUGCACUUUGUGUUAAUAGAGAGAGGAAAAACACUCUUCAGUGGGUAAUUGUUACAUCUGGUCCUAUUUCAAACAUUGUUUUCUGUAUUCUAUAGAAUUCAAUGAUUGCACUUUUCAUAACAUACUUAAUUCUUACUAUUUACCUAUAUGGACAUACUAUGCAUUAUCUAUAUUUGCUUAGACUGAUUUAGAUCAAUUUUGAAUACUCUAGAAUUAGCAGGUCUAUGUUCUAUAAAUAUUUUGUAAUUUUAAGCAGAUAAUCUGCUUCAUGUUAUUGGAUUUUGUGAAGUAGACAUGUUUGCUAACUCUAAACCUCUGCGUUAUAUAUAAUGUGGAAUAAAGAAAUACUUAUUAAUCACUGUGAAUAGUGUCCAGAUUAAUCAAGGUAAAUCAAAAGCAAUUUUGGGGGUAAAGUGUGAAAUGCCAUAAAACAUUCCAUUGGUUUCCAUAUGUAUUGCCCCUCAUUUAGCACUUUUCUCCAGAAUAGCACCUGUUCCACCUUUGGUUUCUAUAUAAUGUUGCAUUGUACUGUAUUGCAUAUUGUGCAGUAGACAUCACUGUGCACUGAAUUAUUUUGAACUAAAACACAAAUUGAAAUUAGUUUAACACUGUUGCAGAUUGUCCCCAGUAUUAACUGUUUCCAGCAAUCUUAGUAUUUUGUGUGUUUCGCUUAUUUUAUUUAUUUUUUAAUCUUAAAAUGAAUUAUCCUUACUAUUCUGUUUUCUUUUAUCAAUUAAUUUUAGCACUAUUUUUAUUAUAAUUAUUAUUACCAUAGUAGUUUUAAACAACAUAAUUGCAAUGAAUAAAUAUAAAUUGUCAAUGUAUUGGAUAAUUAGAGUAAAUGACUACAUAUCCCUUAAAAUGGUGCCCCAUCAGUUACUUUAUAAGUAGAAUUUGUCCCUAUGAAAUAUUUUUUUUACACGACAUGAGGCAUUGUAUUCUGUGCUGUAUGAGAACCCAAGUUAUAUUGUCCACAUGGGAUAGCCAAUGUGCUCUACACUAACUGAAUACUGGAUGACUUUUUUUAAAUUUGUUUAACCCCUUCAUGUCAAAUGAAAUGUCAGGACAACCAUGAGAGCAAAAUGUUUGCCUAAUUCGAGUCACAUAGGGGUUAAAUUAUAAGUGACGUUCAUUUAUGAGUUUCCUUUUAAAAACCCUGAGCAUUUCCUAAGCAAGCCCAUUAAAAUAUUUCUUCUAGACAGAGAAAGAGAGAGAGAGAGGAUGAGAGAGCUGCUGAAUACUCCCAAAGUCACCUUGGGGAAAGCACUCCAAUUAUCUUAAAAGAGUGUUCCAAUCCAGCAUAUUUCAUUGACAAAACUAUUUAUCAGGGCUUAAAUAAAGCAAUCUGACUUAUUGAUCAAUUGAUUUAACAUGGUACGGGUAAUUACUUUACAGCAGUAAAUCCAUUCAGGAUUCUAAUAUAAUUUGACAAUUUAAAUAAAAGACACAACCGUUUUCCAUUUUUUUUAUAAACAGAAACCAUUACACUACUUUAGUAUCUUAAAAUUACCUUGUUCUGUUUCCCAUACACAAUAUAUCUAGUAAUCUUUCACUUGAGCAUGCCCAUUCAAGCCUUAUUUGUUCUGUCUCAUUCAAUAUACAUGCGCUUGCGUUAGUAAUUCCGAGCCAUAUGUUUGACCUGGUUUUUUUUUGUUUGGUUUGCAUGGAUGCAGUUUUUAAUAAAGAAAUUUCCUUCAGGACUCAUUUGAGUUCUGACUUUAAUUUGACUUAAUGAAUGUUGCUCUCAUUAGGCAGUGAAGGGUAUAUUUUUUUCCCCUCUUAAGUGAAUCGUCUUUAUUUGACUUAACUGUUGGAAAAGAACCCAGCAAGCCUAUACAGUAUAUACAAUAGAAUGUAAUGACUGUACAUGAAGUUAAUUCAAGUCUUAAGUAAAAUAAUUCUAAAUUGUGGUAUAUCUGUAAGCAAAUUGUGUACAGUAGCAAUAUUGUAGAUGAAUGCAUGCUAUAAUCGGGGGCAGAAUACAUUAUCAGCAGAGGCACAAUGGGAUAUUUAAUCAGGUAAUAUCUAUUUAAUAAACCCUUUAAUUACAUAAAAUGCCUUGGAUAGAACUUGAUACAUUCUUCCAGAUGGCACUAAAACAACAAUCUAAAAGUUUGAUGUAAAUAAGCAAAAUAAAGGCAGUGUAGUGACAAUAGUUAUACUGCUUACUACAUCAACAGAAAUAGAUCUUAUCUAUUAUUAAUAUUUACUUCAGAACAUGAAUCAGUGUAAGGGACUUGCAUAAAAAGCAAGCAGGUUUCUAAGUUACAACCUGAUUUAGAGUCAAUUGUAAAAGGCAUGACGUUUGCAAUUUAGGAUUUUUUUAAAUUCACCAUGGGUGUGGAGUAGACUUUACAUUUGACUUUUAGAUAGUAGCAAUGAUUUUAUAUGUGAUUCACUGUUUAUUUUCCUGAACAGCACAUUUUCUGUCUGUACUUUUACUGUGAAGGUGUUUUUCCUUGACUUUUGCAUCACAAAUGCUUGGAUUUUGCUCAACAAGGCAAUGAACUAUUGCUGUGAGCUGUAAGAUAUAGUUACUAGGGACACAGUUACUGGGCACACUGGGCUAAUGGCACAUAGCCAGUAAGGCUAGACAGAAUAGAGGUCAAUGAAAAUGAACAUGUGGCUAUCAUUUGUAAGAAAUAAAUCACUUAUGUAUUUAUAUAGUGUGUUUUCGGGCAAACUAAACCUUAGCAGUAGCCGUGUUGUUUAGCACAGUGUGAAUGAAUGUGUGGCUGGGAAUAGUAAGAUAUUUCAUUCAUGCAUGUAUAGUGGUAUAAGAAAUCAGUUCUUUGGGAAGUGAUCUGGCCAUUUAUCUUUCCCAGUGCUCUGAGUUGUUAGAAUUUGUAUUGGACUUUAUUCUAUCCUUUUAUGUGCUUUUUGCUACUAAUAAACAUUCAUUAAGAACAUCAGAGCAAUCUGCAUCCUUUGUGUAGGAAAUGUAUGGAAACUGGAGAAAUUGGGGUUACUUGUGAAGGAUAUUCUGUGGCACAGAACAUCUGACUGACUCAAUACUAUUUAUCGUGCAAGAGAAAAAGAUAUUGUACCGUUUUAAACCUGUAAGAUAUAAAAAAUAGUAUUAAGAGAUUUAAUCACUACCGGUGCUUUGUCUGGGAACUUGCAAGAUUUGGACAGAAAUGGUCAAAGUUUGAAAAAAAAAUCUGUGAUUUUUCAAACUCUGUUAUUUUGGACCCACAGCUCACUCAUUCAAGAAAAGUGGCUUUAAGGGGAAGUUUGUUUUGCACAGGAAAGGAAAUUGCUUCAUAUUCCAAUAUUUAAUAUGUUCUGCACAAAAGUUUUGCUUCCAUUGAUUCAGUAAAUGAACCUGAUCAUUCAGAAAAACUAGGUGUUCGCACAAGCAUUCCCAUCAUUUGUACGCAUAUUGAACUGAGAAUGUGUGAACACUUAAUUCCUAUUCAGUUCCCUAGUGGUGAGGUUUAAAAUUGCACAGUAGUUUACAUGCCACUAUUAUUAUUUAGUGGCUAUUUAAUACAUUGUUAAACACAGAUCUGUGCACACCAGUCAAGCCAUUAGACUUACUUUUCCCGCAGAAAUUGCAAAUUUGCAGUGAUGUUGUUUUCAAUCAAUUUUUUCCCCACCAUAAUGUUCUUGGUGUGUGCCCCGCAAGUAACGUCAAGCCACAGUAGCAAGCAAGUAACCUACCUCUUGCUGAUGAGUUGCAUUAGCAACAAAACAGCUGUCUAUGAGUGGUUCACUGGAUUUGCAUCUCUUCCUGAGUUUUGUUAAAAGUUAUUGUAUACAGCAAACAUAAACUGCAAGGAAUCUACGUUUAAAAUGGCAUAAUGGGACAAAAAGGGGGUUCAUUGUUGAACUCAUUUACAUAUAUCCACCCAGAAGCCAAUGAAGUAAUAGCAUCACUGCAAAUUUGAGAUUUCUGUGGAAAUGGCUUAUGGCUUGCCUGUUAUGCAGAUCUGUCUUUAACAAUGUAUUGACUAUCCAGUGACUUUAGGUGGAAGAGGUUUUCAAUCACUUCCCCCACCCCUCCCCCCCAUAACUUUCUUGAUUUUUAUAUAUAAAAUCAAGAGGGCUGCACUCACUUGAACAUGUUUACAUUAGAAGGGUGCUGCUGGGGCCAAUUCAUACAACAUACAAGAUCCGGCGCACACACUAAUUUUCUAAACAGUAAUUUCAAAGCUCACAGAAUAUAUUACGGUAGUUUUUUUAAAAAUACCUAGCCACCUAUACACGUAUCAGUAAAGGGAGCAUAUAGCAAACAUAUUAAUACUGGAAAUAAAUAAUCUACCAGGUGUAUUAAAAUGGAUAUAAAAAAUAAAAAUAUGGCAAUAUGCCUACAUACAAUUGAAUAGCCUAUACUCUUACAAAUAUUAUCUUUUCAGUGUAAGAGCCCAAAACUUGGAAUGAAAGUCUACUAAUGUACUCAUACCAAUUAAUGCAAUUUAACAUUUGCUCGCUCAAGUUUAUAAUUGUUAUUUCUACUAUAACCCCUGUAUGAUAUAGUAUAACUAUUGCAGGGGGACAACCACAAAGGCCCUCUAGUGGCUGACUGAGUGAACAGUGUCAAAAUAGACUUGAGCUCAUUGCAAAACAACUAACAACGAGGAGGGACAAAGUAACCUCCCCUCCCCUUUUACUAGAAACGAUAUGUGGAGAGGUGAACAAAAUAAUAAUGUGUCCUUCCCAACCUGUGACCUUGAAGACAGGGAAUAAUAAUAUAAGGGUUACCAUGGGCUCCUUAAUAACCAGGAUGGAACCAAUUAUUUCUCCUAGUCUAUCACUCGUUAAAGAGGAUUGCUAUAUUUAAAGAGGAUUGGCCUCCUGGCAUCUCCUACUUUCAGCUUCAUCUCCUUUGCUGUGAGAUGGGGAUAGCAGUUAAACUGAUUAAUGGCUUCCCAAACUCCUUGCUUAAAGAAUAUAUGUUCACCCCACAAAUAGUGUCCAUACCACCCCUUAACAUAAAGUGCCAAGAAGUGCUGAGUGCUAAAACUGUACCUUACACCAAAUGUCCCUAAAUAUAUUUAGAUAAAGACUUUAAUCUUUCCUAACAUUUUCUUGUCACAUAAAAUAAUCUUAUACUUGAUUCAGCAUUGUCAUUUGAAGACAUGCCAUCAUUUUCCUCCCCGGGAUAUAGUAAUUGCUAAAAAAAAAAAAAAUUACCAUCAUAAAUGCUUCAACUUAUAAAAAAAAAAACAUUAAAGAGAAAUGAAAAUCUAUGCCAUAAUGCAUUGUGGUGUAGUAGUAAUACUCCACUUGCAUUGCUCUCUUAAUUUUGUAUGCAACCCAGCCCUUAGUGGAAAGACAUUUAACAAUUUUAAGAGACUCUGCUAUGCUAAAAUGAAUUUUAUUUUAUUUAGCAUUUUUGUCCUUUAUAGAUUGCGUCAGCCAAAGGUCUAGCAAAUUAAUCUUCCCAUCUGGUGCAGCAUUAACGAGAACACUGUUCCGCAUCUACAUUAUCACAGAGAAUUACAUGAUUUACUUAGUUACCUAUGAAACAUGAAAUAGAAGGGUUAUUUUUGAAAACAACCACUUGACAUGACUUGAGAACCCACUUAAAAUAUUUAAGACCAGUGAAGAAAAAAAAAAUCUAAAUUUGUUGAGUUAGAAAGUUUGCCCGUUAGUCUUGGACGUUCCAAAAUUCAAAGUUUAAUAAACAGAAUAUAUGCUUUGUGCUUUUACCUUUCCAAAAAGCUUUGGUUGUUCCAUGGAUCACUUAAGGCUGUUUUCAACCACGAUAAAACAUCUCUGUGAAAUGUCAUGACUGCACUUUUCUUAUCAAAACUAACCUCCCUGCUUACAUAUUUCUGUUGUUUUUUCACCAUUAUUCUAUUGAACCUAAAAAGGUUUAAAAAAUGAAAAAGAGCUUUUUCAUAUGAAGCUAUUUUUUUUCAGAAUGUAAUGUAAUAUUCAACAUAGUUGGCUGACAAAACCUUCAAUUUCCCAUAAGUGACGUUUUCACCAACUCCUUAAUUCACACUUAGCUUAAUUGUGAAUUUCCAUCUUAUAGUACCCUGGAGAGCUCUUUUCUCCUCCCUCCAUCAAGAUAAAGUAAUGGUCAUAUGGAUAAAGGCCCUGAAGAAAUCAUUAAAUGGGAGGAAUCACCAUUAAGUGGGCCAGCCUGAGCAUAGAAGUGUUUAUCAUUUAAAUGGGUGGGAGAAGAUAAAAUUACAUAACUCCUUCCUUCAACUAGAUCGUUCAUAUGUCUGUUCUGCUGGCCAAACUUGGAAAUAUUUUCUGUUAGACCGCUAAGAUUAAAUGUUAAUUAUUUAAUGACUAGUGGUUGUGCAAAUCCUUUAUAUCAGGACAGUCGUAGCAAUAGAAAGUAUGGCAAAAAACAGUUCUCAUUCAGUAAAAAAUUGCUGUACUAGUAGGUCAAGUGACAUUUAUCAAUGCUGGUGCUUACAUAAGCCGAUACUGGACAAGGCAGGUGACAAUAUUCUAAGGCUUAUGAGUUAGGACAUUAUUGAAAGUUAGAAACAUGGAGUGGGAAAUAGCAAAAUCAUAUUAAUAUAUUGUUUAAAAAAUAGUUGAAAUGAUAUAGAAAUGAGUGGUUGUCUUGGGUGAGUACACACAUUUUCAUAUCACUAUAUAUCUAGGUACAGCAUGUUGUAUACAUAGGCGCUUAAUUGGCAUCUCAAAGCAGGAGAUGCUUCUCAAAGUGUGAUUUUUAGAAAAGUUGUUUUGGGUGUGCAAUGUGUAGAUGAAUAUAUAUUUUUUUUCAAAUAUAGUUGUAUAAAGUUAUAUUAAGAAAAUAAGAACUGUGAAUGUUAGUACACAACUUUUCUUUGAGAACAAAUCAUCAAGUAAUUUUUUUUGUACAUUUUGAUUAUGUAGGAUACAUUUUAUUAUUAUACUCUUCAUAGUUUUUUUUAUUUUGCUAGCUAUUAAGGUGACAUAUUAUUUGAACAUUAUUAUAGAAGUCAUAGUGUGAUCAGAUGUCUAUCAGUGUUAAAUUAUGAGAAAAAAGUACGUCUGUGACUUUUUCAUGAAGUCCCUUAUUAGUAUACUGUUAGCUGUCUUGCGCUGGUAUAUAUUUAAAAGGACACUGUAGGCAUCUAAACAAGAAACAGAUCAUGCCCCUGCAGUAUCACUGUUCCACUCUGCCAUUUAGGAGUUAAAUCAUUUUUGUUUCUAUUUAUGCAGCUCUAGCCACUCCUCCCCUGGCUGUGACUCAUGCAUCCUACAUGAAAAAAAUGGUUUCGAUUUCAGUCAGAUGUUAGAGCCCGCAGGCUCUAGAAGGGCCAUUAACUGAGGAGGAGAUAAGAAAAUCUAGAUUAAACAGACUGUACAAUACAGGAAGCUAGAAUAUCUAGGUUCUCUUUCAGGAAGUGCUUAUAAAAGCUGUACAAGUCACAUGCAGGGAGGUGUGACUAGAGCUGUACAAACAAAGUGAUUUAACUCCUAAAUGGCAGAUAAUUGAGCAGUGAGACUGCAGUGGCAUGAUCUAUACACCAAAACUGCUUUAUUAUGCUUAAGUUGUUUUGGUGCCUAUAGUGUCCCUUUAAGGCAAAAGUAAAAAAGGUAAUAUGAUUAUAAAUAAUAAUACCUGAAGCAGGGCUCAAAUCAUCGGUCGUUCAGCAUAAGACUUGAAAUUUUGAGCUGUGAGGGAUAAAUUGAGGGAUAUAUUAUCAGCAAGUAAUUAAACAUUUGUAGAGAGAUAUAAGGUAAAAUCUGACUCUUUAAAAUUCUAAAGUGUAUCCUAUUUGGUUACUUGCCAUUCUUAGCCAUUUGAACUAGUCUAGAAUUUGAAGCUUGACCAGCAUCCUAAACACAUACAGAUGAGAAUAAACUUAGAGCAAUUCCUCUUCCUCUGACUGAUCUAAAAUGCAGACUUUGUGAAACAACACACUUAAAAAGACAUGUAAUCAAUAAUGACUACACACGAUUUUAAAAUGUCUCUAAAAGUGAGAAGCAGAUAAGCUGAACUUAAAGGAACACUCUGGACAUCAACACACCUUAAAUGCAUUUGAGUUGGUGUCAUAUUCAUGCUGUGUUUUUCUUCCUAUUAAAGAACCUUUAUUUUUACUAAAAAAGAAAAUGUUUUUGUUCUUUCAGCAAUAAAAAUUAAGAGUAAGAACCUAAACACUCUGCAAAGGUUGGUGCUAUGGUGGUUUAUUCGGCCGUCACAGAAAGUCAACGCACUUUGGCACAUUGGGUAUCUUUCUCAAAGAGGUUCUUCCUUUUUAUUUUUAUAGCUUAUAGUCCUGUGGGACCUGGACUUACCCAUGGCACAGACAGCCAAGAUUGACAGAAACACUCCUUAAUGAAUAUUAACCGUUUGCUUGUUUAUUUGAUCGUUCUGCACCAUAACCCUUAGUUAUGUCUCCCCUUAUCACAAAAUAUUUUCAGUGAGAGAUCAGUGUGAGCGGAGCUGUUGAUAUGGCUUAAUCCCAUAAACAAUCACUGUUCUCAAAUUCUUGCUAAUGGAAAAGGGAACAAAUAAGAAGAGAACAGUGAUUGUCUGUCAUGUCUGCAACUGAACUCAUAUUGAUCUCACAUUGAGUUAGCUGAUUAUAUACUCAGAAUACUUCUAAUAAGGAAGUUGCAUUGUAAAAAGAGGAGACAUGGCUAAGGGGGUGGAGUUAAAGGGACACUAUAGUCACCAGAACAACUACAGCUUAUUGUAUUUGUUCUGGUAAGUAGAAUAAUUCCCUUCAGGCUUUUUGCUGUACACACUGUAUUUGAUGGUGGUUUUAACACAAUAGGGUCAGGAAUACAUGUUUGUGUUCCUGACCCUAUAGUGUUCCUUUAAGUUGGAGAAAGUUUCAAAAACAUCUAAAAAAACACAACAUGCCUAUAAGGCCAAAGGCUAUAAAAUGCACUUAGGUUGGUGCCAAUUUUGUAUAUAUCGUUUUAAAGGCAAACCUAAAAAUGAAAAUGAUGUACAUUUUCACAAUUUAAAUUUUUCACUGCUUUGUUUAUUCCAGUGGCGUACCUACAACGGUCGCAGGGGUUGCAGCUGCGAUCAGGCCCGUCAAUCCAGCCACAACCCCUGCGACCAUGGGCCACCUGGAUACAUUCUGGGCCAGUGCACAGCCGCAUCGGCCUGCGUCUGCGGUUGCUGGGUGUCUGGCAGGAGGGGAGAGCUAUGCUACUUCCCUCCUGCCUAUGUGUAGCGUGGCCGAGCGGUCUGACAGGAAGUGCUCACUGUGAGAGCACUUCCUGUCAGACCGGGAAAUGCGAUGAGCCAGGUACAGGAGGGGGAGAGAGAUGGGACUGGGACAAAUGAAGGGGAGGGGAGAGAAAGGUAAGGGUAUGAGGCACAGGGAGUGGAGGGAGCAGAGAGGGAAGGUAUGGGACCAAUGAAGGGGAGGGGGAGAGAGGGUGGCUCUGGGGCAAAUGAAGGGGAGGAGGAAGAGAGGUAAGGGUAUGAGACACAGGGAGUGGAGGGGGCAGAAAGAGAGAGCGUAUGGGACUAAUGAAGGGGAGGGGAGGGAGAGAGGGUGGCUAUGGGACAAAUGAAGGGGAGGGAGGUAGAGAGGGUGGAUAUGGGACAAAUGAAGGGGAGGGGGAGAGAGGGUGGCUAUGAGGCAAUGAAGGAGGGGGAGAGAGGGUAGCUAUGGGGCUAAUGGAGGGGAGGUGGAAGAGAAGGUGGCUAUGGGGCAGAUGGAGGGGAGGGGGAAGAGAGGUAAGGGUAUGGGACACAGGGAGUGGAGGGGGCAGAGAGGGAGGGUAUGGGCCUAAUUAAGAAAAGGGGGGAGAGAGGGUGGCUAUGGGACAAAUGAAGGGGGGGAGAGGGUGGCUAUGAGACAAAUGAAGGGGAGAGGGGUGAGAAAGUGUGGCUAUGUGGCAAAUGAAGGGGAGGGAGGAGAGAGGGAGGAAUGGGACACUGGGAGGGGGGGAAAAGAGACACAUGGGAUGGGGGGAACAUGGGCAAUUUUCGCACCAGGGCCCGGUGGAUUCUAGUUACGCCUCUGGUUUAUUCUAAAUAUAUUUGAGAAAUGAAAAGCUUUAGAUAGUAUCCAAUGGCCUUUAUCUUAUCACUCAAAGUCUGAAAUGUAAGGAUAAAAGCAAAAAUGAUAUUUGUCUCACAAACAGUAGGUGUGACGGUAAUAUAUAAAUAAAAUUGGUCAGAUCCUUAUCUGACCCUAAAGGCAUUCAUAGCAGUACAGCUUACUAAAAAUGGCAACACGCUGUACUAAGAAUGUUUGCAUUUGAACAUACUGUCCACAGUAAAUACAUUUAAAUAGUUCUAAAAAAAGGUAAUUUAAACUGAUGUAGCAAACUUUCUUGAAAGCUAAUAUAAUAAUAGCAGUGAAUUGGUACAGUCCAUUGACUCCUCCCACCUCCUUGACUGUAGGAACUAUAUGAAUCAUUGAAACCUGUGCUGUUUGAAAGUAGUGAAUGAGCUUUCACAUUCAGCAACUUUACAGGCAUUAUAUCAGUGACUAGUGGCUUCCGGCAGAUAAAUUCUUUCUUUUGCAGACUGACAAUUGGAACUAUGGUACAAAUGAGGGUGAAUGAUGCUUUAUGGACUAGAUUUCAUAAUGCAAAAGUUUAUAUUUGAUUUGGGUAUUAAAGUGUUUAAGAGAUGUAGUGGUGUCAGUUGUUGCAUAUGUAAGAAGAUGCUGGUGGGAUAAAAGGAUAGACAAAUCCUGGAGAAUAUAGCAAAGCACAGGAUGUGGUCAAGAUGAUAGUGGGAAAAAGUAAUAAACAAAUAAUUUUGUGAUGCCAUGGGGCACCUGAGGAGAUAUGAUUAUGACUUUAAGGGAAGAACUUAAUUUAUUUAAGAAGAUCGUUAGUAAAAACAGGAUGGUGGUGAUAUGAGAUGGAGAAUACAAAAUGAUAUGGUUGUAGGCAACAUGUUGGAAGGAUGUUAUAGGGUGAGAAAAAUUGUAGCAUGAUUAAUACUACUAAUAACGAACAGGUAUGAUAUUCAGCGGAGUAACAGUAGGUUGAUAUCCCGGUUCCAUAUGCAAAAUCCAUCACUGAUAACAAUUCCGAUGAUAAGCACACCCUUCACUAUCCAGAUUGGUGUGACACAUCCCUUUUUUCAUUUUACAAUAUUACCAGUAAUUAUUAGUUUUUCGUGAUGUACACUCUGAUCUGUAUCAUAUUUAUGAUGAAUAUUUUAAAAAUGAUGCCUAUGUAAUGGUAUUAUUUUUACAUUAUAUCACCUUCUAGGAAGAGCUGCAGGGACCAGUUUUUGAAAGUUUACUUCAGAGAAUCGCAAGAAAACCUAGACCUGACCAGUUCUACGGUUUAAUGGGAAAACGUAACAAUGGUAAGUGGAACCGAAAAAGUAUGAAAACCACAAAAACAAAGCAUACCCAUUAUUUAGAGUUACUGCAAACAAACUAUGUACAUACUGCCAACUUAUAACCUUAUCAAAAAUUGUAAAAAGUUAUACUAGCGUAAGCAAAAGAUAAAUAAGAAACAAAACCAAGAGAGCCCUGCAUGAGUCACUUAAUACAAUUAAUUUAACCAGAAUUAAAUAGCCACACCUGUUGGUUAUUGCAUAGUAAAAAAAAAAAUAACACAUGGUUAAACCAACUAAAACCCACAAAAAAAAUAGUGGCAUGUUGUGAUUGGAACAAAUAAGAGAAAUCAGUGUGAAUUCACAGGUCACUUCAAUUAAUUUUUAAAUACUGGAACAUGUUCAGUUUUCAAAGCAUUGUUAGACAUUAGUAAUGUCCCGAACUGUUCGCCGAACUGUUCGCGAACUGCUCGCCACGGUUCGCCACGAACGGUUCGCCAAGGACUCCAGUCAGCUGACACAUUCCAGCCGAUCAGCAGCAGACCCUCCCUCCCAGACCCUCCCACCUUCUGGACAGCAUCCAUUUUGAAGCUGCAUUCUUAGUGAGCUGUCCAGGAGGUGGAAGGGUCUGGGAGGGAGGGUCUGCUGCUGAUUGGCUGGAAUGUGUCAGCUGACUGGAGUCUGCGCGAACCGUUCGUGGCGAACCGUUCAUGGCGAACCGUGGCGAACAGUUCGCGAACAGUUCGGCGAACAGUUCGAGACAUCACUAUUAGACAUCUGUCCAUCUGUCUAAACACCUCUCAAGUUAUGUGAACUCAAGAGAGUUGCAGUUGCUCACAGUAUAGCUGUUCAUUUGUAUGGUGAAAAGUGUAACUUGUGCUAUAGGAAGUGUAGAGGUAGAAAAUAAAUGUAUUGAACAUGGAGAUGAGUAAAAGUACAAAGAGGAUAUAUUUCUGACUUAUUUACUAUGCAAAUUGAGAUUAGAAUAUUUAUUCCAAGAAUGUUUACACUUUGGAUGCCAUGAACAGAUACGUGCAUAAAUAGCCCAUACCCGGACUAUGUUUACAUCUCAGGCAUCUGUAGAUGCAGGCCCACCCUACCCUACCAACAAAUCUCAUAAAAUAUCUUGCUUCAUAAUUUAAAGUAUGUGAGAAAAUAAGGAGGAGAUAGGCAGUUAUGCACUCUGCUUAUUGGCAAAGCUAACCUUGCUUGUUACAUUGCAGUUGAGUUAGCACUCCGUUGCACCAUUAGAUGACAGUUCCUAUUAGCAACUUGGAGAUGUUGGAAUAGAUUUUUAGACAUUUGUUUCAUUGCUUCUUUUACAUAAGAUAGAUAGGGAAAUAUUACUUUAAGAUUACCGUAAAUAAUUUGUAGGUAUAUGAUAUUAACCCAUUAUGGUAUUUGGUAACAGCCACUAAAAGUAAAACAACAUGCUUAGAGGGCAAGAAUAAAACACAAACAUUAAAGACUGGCAGUGUUUUAGAACCAGAAUUUGCAAAGUUCAACUUUCCUGGAGUGUACAGAUUGUACUGUGACUAGUGUACAAAUGGUGACGUUACAGGGAAGCUACAACUAAAUAAACACUAAAUAUGACAUUUCUUAAGGUUCAGGAAAUACAAUAUAAAAGGCAUAACAUUUCUCCUUAAUUAAUUGUCUAAAUGCAAACCUAUAUUUUAAUAGCCCAUAGAAAUAUAAAUUGUACAUAUGGGAAAAGGCAAGUACAUGUACUAUUCUGGGGCAAAGUGCUAAAUAAGGAACAAUUACCAUGGAGACCAAUAGAAUGUCUCUCACGUAACCCCUGCAAUGGCACCUAUUUUGCCUUGACAAGUCUCCCCCUCCCCCCAUAGACUUUACAGCAAAUGUCUGCACAAAUCAAAAUAUAUGUUUGUUACUACUAUAUUUACUAAAGACUUGUACUCUUUUUUUCCCCAUAGGAUUUGGUCAGAUCUCACGCAAAAGUAAGUGUGCCUUCAAAUUUAUCAAAUGUAUCAAAAUAAGAUCUAAUAAAUAAUUUGAUGAUUUAAAGAACCUUGGGCAUUCUAACGGUAUAUUUUAAGCUUUUUCUGGGUGUUCUUAGGUGUGCAUUAUUUUAUCUCAUUGAUUUUCUUUCACAAACCAUUUUUUCUUCUGAUUAUACUCAUGGUUAUUUUUGCUCAUGCUUCAAAUCUUCACUUUUCUUUGAUCCAAAAUGUAAAUUCUGAUUGUAGUUAUCCAGAUCUGAAAAACAAUGGUUAGGGUACCAUUUAGUUAAGAUAACAAUUACUUAACAUGGAUACUCAUAGUGAGUAUGUAAAUAAGAUCACCUUUCAUUAAAUCUUGUGAUUUACACCAAUUGCUUUCACUCUCUUAAUCACUACCAAAUUAAGCCACUCAAUUUCAGUGUACAAUUUGCUGUUAAGACAAUAAGGACAUAGUUUAUAUAUGUUUUGUUUUUUCUAGGAUUUGGUCAAAUAUCUCGCAAACGUAAGUUGGCGAUGGAGAUCUAGUGAUUAUUAUUGAUGUCUUACAGCAAAUUUCAAACACAUUUAUUUAUCCAGCAGCAUAAAUAAAAAUAAGUUUUUAGAUUAGUUUUGAAACCAGCGCAUAGAAUAGAUGUAUAGAACUAAGGCCUCAAUUAAUAUUUUUGGGUAAGGGUUUGAAAUUAUUUAAUAUUUCAUAUUUUUUAUUUAAUAGUUUGGACCCACUUUUAAAAACAUUUUUUUUCUAAAUAUUAAAAUAUAAAAAAUAUUAUGUAAAAAAAAUACAACAAUAUAUAAAAAUAUUUUUCAAAAUGUUUUAAAGUUUAACCAAAAAUAUUAACUCAUCUGAAUACCUUGUGAUGCCUAAAGGUGAAAAAUACAGAUUCAUUUUACCCUUUAACUUACAUAUUACAGUCUUGUUCUCAGUAGUUCAGCCAAGGAGCAUAGUCCAAAAACCAUUUAAAAAUUGUCUGUGUAUCCAUAAAAUACUUCUGUUAACUAGUUACCAGUUAUCAAUGUGGAAGCAUCAAGAAUGUUUUAACUUUUACCACCACUGUGUAUUUGUCCCUUUUCACUACAGUUGUUUUUUUAAUAGAUUAAUAAAGCUGUGCAUUAUAAUACUCUGGUAUUCAAUAUAAAGGUCAGUUAUGGAGAUGCAGUCCUUAAUCACUCAUUUUCUUUAUAACUUUAAUUUUUAAAACCAGCUCAAGUAAACAGAAGGUUAUUCAUUGGAGAUAACCCUGCAAAUGCAAUCAGGACUCACUAAUUUCAAUAUUAAUCUAGGAUUAAAUACAAUAAUAUUUAAUUCUAAUAGAUUUAUAAAUACGAUUACAUAAGAUUAUCUUUAUAGACUGGUUAUUGAUAAUAAAAUAAAUUAAAUAACGACAUAACAAUGAACGCCUCACCUCUCAGAAACAAAAGUAUUUUAGCUAAAGUUCUCAGUGCAAUGUAAUACAUUGAAACUUUACAUGUGUGUUAUACAUAUUUACAAAAUCUAUUAAUCCAUUUCCACUGCAAUCGGAGUGUAUAAAAGCUGUAACCAUAUUUUCACAACUCAAACUAGGGGCAAACUUUUUUCAAAUGAAGAAAAUAAUAUUUAUGUAGGCAGUCAUCCUUAAAUAUAAUCUAACGACUACCAUACCUAACUAAUGGCUGCUUUCCACUAAUUCGUUUAAUUAUUUUUUGGCUACCACCAGUUAUUUUCUUGCCAGGAUAAAUGUUAAGGUAUAAAUUGUAUAAUGUAAUGAGAAGAAAAUAACUUUAACUAGACUCCGUCAUUAAACCCCCAAAUGAUCAAUACACCAUAAAACACUUUCUGUUGUGUUAUUUUUUUUACACUGCUGUUGUCAAUAUAUUUUAAUAGCCUAGUUCAACCUUUCUUCUUGAACUGAUAAUACACGGUUUAUUAUACCAACACUUCUACUUAAAUGCCCUAUUUUGUUUGAGUACAGUAGCCAUUUCAAAACAAAUUACAAAAUUGUAAAAAUUUCCAAAAUAAGAAAAACAGAAGCCAUAUGUGUGCUUGGGGGCAAAAUGUAUGCAUGAGGUGCCUUUAGGCAAUUCUUAGGUGUCCUAUCUCUCCCCCGAAAAAUACAGUUCUUUGCUGCCUGUUAUGAUUAAUGGGUGCACCAAAGAGUCAGUAUGUAGAUAGAUAGAUAGAUAGAUAGAUAGAUAGAUAGACAGACAUAGAUAGACAGAGCACGUGCAAUACAUUGUAAAGUGCUACAAUGGAGGCUAUAACACUUUGGGCAGUUUAGGUCAAAGUGGCUAAAUUGGAAAUGUUAUAAUUACAUUUUCUAGUCUGUUUUUAAUUAGUCACAAGUCACUCUUAUUGAUUAAAAAACCCAUCAGUCCUACUUCUUUUAGUUACAAAAUAUAUAAAGACUCAAAUAACAGAAAUGUUUGAAAGAUAGGCCCUCGAACAUAGAUCGCCAUUUCAAAAAGUUUUUUCUUCACUCUCCGAAUGCAUGGACAUUGUUGAAGAUAAAUAAUAAUGAGGGAAACAUAUGAUGAAUUGGCAUAAAUGGAAGCUAACGGAUGAGCCAGUCAAUUUUAAAUUUUUAAUGUUUUUACUAGUUUAAGUGUUAGUAUACUAGCUGGACAGAAUAUUUGUGUGAAACCAGGUAUUUUAUUCAGCAAACUAUAAUUUGUUACGAAAAUAUUUAAGCCCAUUUAAAGAAAGAUGUUGAUAUGAAAAAUACAUUCAGAAACACCAUCCAUCAAAUGUAUAUUUUGCAGGGUUUAAAUCAGAUGCCUUUUAUGGACUUAUGGGCAAAAGAUCUUUAUACUCUGGUAUGUAUCCCUCUUAUCUAUGGUGAUAGUUAAAAAAAAGUAAAAAAAAAAAACAACAAAAAACAUCAUGUUAUGCUUUUUGCAAUAAAUAUUUCUGCACAUUAUUUAUUGAUAUAGGCUUUAAAAAAUGAUUUAUUUAUUUAUUAAUUUUUCUUCAUUAAAGUUAUAGAUAUAGUAUAAAUAUUUAUCAGCAUCUGCAGGUAUGUUUAUAUAUCCAAAAUAACAGAGUUUGCUGAAAUUGUAAUAUACAUACGUAUAUGUAACAUAGAUACAAAACAUAAACCAUGAUAAGAUUUAAAGUAUAUAAGUAUAUCCAUUAUAAACGCCAGGGCAUUCACAUUGUGUUAUCUGAUUUUUUUUAUUUGAGGCCAAGAUGGUACCUUAAGAGACUUCCAGUUUUUUGCGAUUAAUAAUUUGAUAGCAGUUAGCAUAUGAAACAUUAUCUUUGUAGCUUUAGUGGUAAGAUUUGGAAGAUUUAAAUGUUAGAACACCUUUCCUGGGGUUAGGCUCCAGUCUAUUCAAAAUCUCCCAAUUAUUCUCUGAGACAUGUUACAUAGUUACAAAGUUACCUAGCUGAAAAGAGACUUGCGUCCAUCAAGUUCAGCCUUCCUUACAUAUGUUUUUGCUGUUGAUCCACACAGCUGUAUCGCUGGGCAAGCCCACCAAUCAGGAAAUCAGCCUGUGUGGAUUGUUAAACAUUGAUUUAAUUAGUAAUGUAAUGGAGUAUCCUAAUUAAACCUUGUAGUUCAGCUUUCAUGUCAAACAACACUAGAAAUAUAAUACAGAACAUUGAUACAGAACUGCUGUCAAAUGCUUAUUAACUAACACUUAAUCCAUAAUGCCUUAACUUGGAAUGUUUAAGAAUAGGAUUAAACUCCAUUAAAUUAAAUAAGAGCAUCUUAAUUGGCUGAGCUACUACCUCGUACACACAGACUGUAAAAGCUCUUAUUUGCAAUGUAAUGUAUUUAACACAUAGGAACAACCUUAAACCUAGAGUAACCCUUCAUAUCUGAACAGUGGAUCAUUUCUACUCUUUGAUUUAUUUUAUAGAAACAUAUAAACAUAGAAUGUGACGGCAGAUAAGAACCAUUCGGCCCAUCUAGUCUGCCCAGUUUUUAUAUAUGAACUCUUUAGAGUUCAUAUGACACCAGCUAUUCACAUGAUAAAAUCUAUUUAUGUUGACGUUUUUGCCAAGUUCAGUCUAUAAAGAAAGAAGAAACAGGAUGCUAGUUGGAACAAUUCUCAGGUCAAUGGGCAACAAGAUCUGAAUUUACGAAGUACUCAUUGAGGUUUACUUUGCCAGUUUAAAAUGUGGUCUCAUCAAUUCUCAAUUUUGCAAACCAGAAGAAAAGUGAGAGCACUGGAACGAACCUAUUUGGUGGACAUAUUCAUCUACCGUAUGGAAGCAGGCUGACUGUUGAAAAUUUCCCAUUCUUCUAACCCAUUGGAACUCUGCAAGCUUCAACUAGAGGCCAGUUAUAAUUGGAAUUGUAUGCCACAGUUUUUUUUUUCCUUUAGGUGCAAUUAAGGUUCUAAUCAAUUAAAACUUGAUUUUUCCAAGUUACGUCUGAGCAGGCAACAAGUGUGACUGAAUAGAACACGUUACUGCACUCCUUCAUGUCCAUUCCAUUUUUUUGGAACAACCAUGAUACCACAGAAGAUUGUCUGGGAUACUACACCUGGCUUAAGGCUUUGAGGAUGCUUACAUUUGUAGAAACAAGGAGUUUAUAUUCAUCAGAUUUAUUCAGGAAAACUUUCCAGUUCCCUUUAAAUCUCAUUGUUUCUUUGGGAGUUUGCUUAAAACAGUUGAAGGAAAUUAUCCUAUGCUGCAGUUAGUGUCCUGAAUAAUAUCUGGUUUUACAUGUAAAACAGUUGGGCCUAGUAUCUGGAGGUCAGUGCUUCUAUACUAAAAAAUAUGCCACCAUGGAAUUCUGAAGUCUGUCUGACAGAAGGCUCUUGAAGAUCUGGCAAAUAUGGAGAUUUUUGGAGAUAUAUAGAAAAAUCAAUAUAUGGAGAUACAGCAUACCUACAAUAAAGGAACAGAAACUAUAUAAUAUAGCGUGUAUUAAUAUAAAAUAACAAAUUGCAGUCACAGUUGUGAUAUGCAGUCACCCUGAGCCUGAGGAACCUACAUCUUCCUCUAUGGUGAAGAUCCACACCCACAGGAAGUGACAUUUCUCUUGAGAACCUGAUGAAAUCAAAGUAGGAUACAUAAUACAUUUUCACCAGAGCAGUCGGUAAUCUAUCACUAUUUCCUGAGUGUGAUCAUCUAAAAGCAAUAUCUAUACAAGGAGAACAAUGUCCCUAGUUAUUUUUAGCCAUGGGGACCUUAUCUAACCCUAUCCUAUUUCUACUAUAGGAACUAUGAUACUUGAGCAGUUAUUCUCCCCUAGUAGGUGGGAUGAUACAUUUCCUUUUGUCUCACAUUUAUAUUUCCAAGAAAAUGGGAAGGGGAUGUUAUCUUGGAAGUUAUUAGGUUUUUUUAAUGACUCCCUACCAUAACAGUUAUUCAUAAUUUUAGACUUUAUCAGCAGUUAGACAUGGAUGCUAAAGUUAAAACAGUUGUCCGGUUUUACUUAUCAUUGUUAUGCAAUUUACGUCACUUUAAGAUUGCAUAUUAUCCAGAUAUCAUGAAUUGAUUUAUUGUUUUUUGUUGUUUUUUUGCGUAACAACUAUGAUGGGAAUACAUCAGAGAAAUAGCAAAUUUUAUGUGCCUAGUUGUCUGGAAACUUAAUAUAAUAUUUUGCUCAUUAGGCAGACCAAAUAUGCAUAGUCGUCAAUCCAAUGUUACCUGCUUUGGUUAUAUAGACAGUAUAACCCAUACAUGUCAUGAGCUCAGUUAAGGAAGAAUAAUUCUGAUCCAACCGUAUAAAUUGUGCAUACUUAAACAUGUCAUUAAUACUUAACCAUGCCAGACACUCAAAAAUAAACAUUUACAAUGAGAUUAAACCACAAGUGAGAUCAUUUUAACAACAGCGUACUGUAACUAGUAAGAACAAAUCUUUAAAAUUCAAUAUAGAACACAUGAGAAUACUGAGAACACACAAGAACUCAAAUAUCUUGUAUUUUGGUGGGUCGGGCUCAGUUCUCCAGCUAGUUUAAGCUCAACUUAUGCAAUUAUAGAGACAACCUAAACCAUUUUCAUAUCAGACCAAUACCACUCAGAAAGGCAGUCCAAAUCAGACACACUCCAGACAUUUGCAAACAAACACAGAACUUCAGACAAAUUGCAUAUCAGGCACACCUCAAUGACUAAACCUGACAAGGUCAAAACAAUUGUCUGGAGUUGUUUACCUUUUAUGCAAAGUUAACCAGCUAACAUUUUUUUAUAAGAACUGCACUUUUGGGAGGAAUCAAUGUAAGAUGCAAAUUGCGUAGGUUCUCUCUGUAAUAGUACAAGUUGGGCUAAAUUAGAUUGAAAACUGAGUGGGGACCCAAUCUAUUUGAGUUGCCCAGUUUCCAUUAUUCUCUUGCCUAGCAUAAUAAGAAAAUAACAUGCUUUAUAUCCUCUCUGGUUACUUUCAUAUCAAAUACACCUUUUUAUUCUUCUUUAAUUUAACUGCUUUCUUUUUCUUAUUUCUCUACGUCUUAUUAGCAUCCAGACUAUAUAAACAAAAAUGCUCAAGUAUCACCACAUAUUUUUUUAAUUGGUGGGAAAGUAGAUUAGGGGACUUAAUGUGUUUUUGAGAGAGAAUGUUACAGUAAUGUCUUUGUUUGUUCGUGCAUAUUUUAUAAGCAUAUUUUUUUCUUUAUUAAUUUCAUUUCUCUCGGCUGUUAUCUCUUCAGUUUAUUUGUCUUCCUUCAUUUCUUACUUUUUUUUCUUUAGAACAAUAGAUCACUGUGGUAAUACAAUAAAUAUAACUUCUACUAAAUGCCAUGGUACCCACUAAGUCCCCAUGUUCAUAUUGCUGUUUUCUAUAUUAAAACCACAUUACAAUGGAAAAUAAAUGACAAGAGAUUAAUUAUAGGAUACAUAAGACUGAAAUAAACAACAGUGGUUUCAAAAUAAGUAAACACUGUAAUAAGAGCUUCAUGGGUACUUUGGGUAUUGGGAUUAAGGUAAAAUAACUGUUAUCCUAAGAUUUGCAAUGACUAGUAAAACAAAAAGAAGACAAUAUAUUCAGUGCUUAAGCAAAUGUUACUUUGAUCUUCUCCUGACAAGUUCAUGUUAACAUUUCUAUCUAUCUAUCUAUCUAUCUAUCUAUCUAUCUAUCUAUCUAUCUAUCUAUCCAUCCAUCUAUCUAUCGUUAUCUAUCUAUCGUUAUCUAUCUAUCUAUCUAUCUAUCUAUCUAUCUAUCUAUCUAUCUAUCGUUAUUGAUCUAUUGUUAUCUAUCUAUCUAUCUAUCUAUCGGUAUCUAUCGUUAUCUAUCUAUCUAUCUAUCAUUAUCCAUCCAUCUAUCUAUCGUUUUCAAUCCAUCUAUCUAUCGUUAUCUAUCUAUCGUUGUCUAUCUAUCUAUCUAUCUAUCUAUUGUUAUCUAUCAUUAUCUAUCUAUCUAUCUAUCUAUCUAUCUAUCUAUCUAUCAUUAUCCAUCCAUCUAUCUAUCGUUAUCUAUCUAUCGUUAUCUAUCUAUCUAUCUAUCUAUCUAUCUAUCUAUCUAUCUAUCUAUCUAUCGUUAUCUGUCUAUUGUUAUCUAUCUAUCUAUCUAUCUAUCUAUCGUUAUCUAUCGUUAUCUAUCUAUCUAUCUAUCAUUAUCCAUCCAUCUAUCUAUCGUUUUCAAUCCAUCUAUCUAUUGUUAUCUAUCUAUCGUUAUCUAUCUAUCUAUCUAUCGUUAUCUAUCUAUCUAUCUAUCUAUCUAUCGUUGUCUAUCUAUCUAUCUAUCUAUCUAUCUAUCUAUUGUUAUCUAUCAUUAUCUAUCUAUCUAUCUAUCUAUCUAUCAUUAUCCAUCCAUCUAUCUAUCGUUUUCAAUCCAUCUAUCUAUCGUUAUCCAUCUAUCUAUCUAUCUAUCUAUCUAUCUAUCAAUCUAUCUAUCUAUCUAUCUCUAUCUAUCUAUCUAUUGUUAUCUAUCUAUCUAUCUAUCUAUCUAUCAUUAUCCAUCUAUCUAUCUAUCUAUCUAUCUAUCUAUAUAUCUAUCGUUUUCAAUCCAUCUAUCUAUCGUUACCAUCUAUCUAUCGUUAUCCAUCCAUCUAUCUAUCAUUAUCCAUCUAUCUAUCUAUCUAUCUAUCUAUCUAUCUAUCUAUCGUUAUCCAUCUAUCUAUCUAUCUAUCUAUCUACUUAUCUAUCGUUAUCCAUCUAUCUAUCUAUCUAUCUAUCGUUAUCCAUCUAUCUAUCCAUCUAUCUAUCUAUCUAUCUAUCUAUCUAUCAUUAUCUAUCUAUCUAUUGUUAUCCAUCCAUCUAUCUAUUGUUAUCCAUCCAUCUAUCGUUAUCCAUCUAUCUAUCGUUAUCCAUCUAUCUAUCUAUCUAUCUAUCUAUCUAUCUAUCUAUCUAUCUAUCGUUAUCUAUCUAUCUAUCUAUCUAUCUAUCUAUCUAUCUAUCUAUCUAUCUAUCUAUCGUUAUCCAUCUAUCCAUCCAUACAGCCAGCCAGUGAUCCCUGUCUUUCUAAAACAAUCUGUUUAUAUAUCUGAUGUUAUCUAUUAGCUUGACAAAGACCUCGUAGCAGGUUGAAACGUUGCUGCUCUGUCACUUUUUUGACCUAAUAAAUCUUCCUAUGGUUUGAACACCUUGAGUGCCUGGAGAACUUUUUCCUAUUUGCCUCUGGUUUUAUCUAUAUCCAUAUUUCUAUAUACAUGUGUCUGUUUGUGUAUCUUAGCUGUCUUUCAGUAUCUUUAAUCACUGUAUUGUGCACUGUCCAUCAAUACCAUUAGUCCUAGGGGAACACCAGUACAUAUUUCUAAUUGAGAUUGAUGAGAGACCGAUUGAUCAUGUUCACUUAAUGGCAGCUUCCCUUUAUAGAUGAGACUACCUCUCCUUGUAUGACACUAUGGGAGAGAGACUGAAUUAGUUUAAGUGUCUACAGCAUGGGUCCUCAAACUCUGGCCCCCCAGAUGUUGCUGAACUACAACUCCCAUGAUCCUCUGGCUAUCUAUGUAAUUCAAAGAAUCAUGGGAGUUGUAGUUCAGCAACAUCUGGGGGGCCGGAGUUUGAGGACCCAUGGUCUACAGAAUGGCUGCUGCCUGGUAGUGUAACUUGUAUCAAUUCCCAGGAGUUAGCAACACGUGUGUCCCAGUGAUGCACUAAAAAAAGCAGAUUUGUGUUUGUGUGUGUAUAUGCUUGUAUGUGUUUGUGUAUUGCAUAAAACAGAAGCUGGAAUAGCAGGAAAUAUAUAUAUAUAUAUUUAAAUAAAAAAAUUAAUGCAACAUUAAAUAUUCACAACACUAAAGUAUGUAUUAGGGUAAUAUAAUGCUGAGAGAUCUGGAGAAAUACUAAAUCACUUUUGGUCUUGUGGGUUAUGAUUUUGAUGGCAUUAUUUUCCAAUUGUACAUAUUUCACAAUUAUCGGUUGUCUGCUUGGCUAUUAUAUCGUUUAUAUAUGUAUUUAUAAAUAUAUAUAUGUAUAUUUACAAAAAUCUGUUUCUUUUUCUAGGGUCAUCAGAAAGAAAUACACUACAGAAUUAUGAAAGAAGACGUAAAUGAGAACUUCCUUAUGCUAUCCAUUAAACUUCAUUCAUUGAAAAUGAAGAUGAAGUGUAUUAUAUAAUACCCAGUGUAAAAUGAAUACUUAUUUAUUUUAAGAUCUAUUGUUUUAGCUUGUACAUUCAAUAAAUUUAUUAUUUUUAAUAGUGUGGCAAUGAUAUUUGCUAUCUAAAUGUGCUGUGAUUUCCCCAUUCUUACUCUUUACAAACUACUGGAAGACUACUAGAAGAGGCAAAAAUACAUCAGUGAUCUAAGUGAAGAAACCCAUUCGCCAAUUCUAAAAUGUAAAAAAAAAUAUUGUUUCAUUAUAUUCAUUUCCAAAGCAGUGAACAAUCAGCGUCAAGUUCAGUGAGACAAAUCGUUUCCUAGUUUUGAAAAAAAAAGUGUAAUUUUGUCUUCAAUUACAAAUUAGUAUCAUUGCAGCAUGUUCUUAUUUUCAAAUGUGAAUCAAAAGUCUUCAUUUCACAGUCUAGAUUUUUUCUGAUAGUGGCACUUUGAAUAAAAAAACUUGAGAUUUUGCAACAUUU